AUGACAGUAGCGCCAGGUUCCCACUUUUCCCCUGAAACCGCUGAUCCUCAAGAUUUGGAAUGGUCAGGAUGUGUUGAUCCCAAUGAUCCUGACAGUUUGGUUCGAAUUGGCCAAAAAACAACCAUUUGUGUUGUCUUGGGGUCCAGUACCAAUUGGAAUGCGGGAAUACCGCCUGUGCAUUACAUUCGUCUUCCCUUUCAGCCCCAGGCAGACCAAUAUUCACGAUUGCAUGUUCCCAGUUCCUACCAAGAUCUACUCCUCACAUUGGCCACCCGAAUCUACAAUGGAAACAAUAAUGUGACAAUUCACGUAGCAUCCCAAAAGGCAUUAUCAGAUCAGAGAUUGUGGUUUGACAACAACAAGAGCCUGCUCUUUCCCUACCUGAGUGCAAUUAUCAAGGUCAACCAAGGGGUAGUAGAACAGAUAUCCUGGGCCAAUGACUGUCUUUUUUGCUCUGGAAAUGAGGGUCAGUGCCAAGACAACCUGUAUGACUUUGAUGGCAACCUAUUACAAUCUUCUUCCAGUGGGGCUUGUCCCGUGCAAGACGAUGGCACGUAUUCAGAGCUUCCCGACAUUCCGUCCAGUUUGGGAGACACCUCACCGGCGCCUGAUACUACGGCGGCUCCUACUUCGUCCAUUCCAAGCAGUAAGAGCAUGUGUGCAUCGUAUGAGCUCAAUAAGGAUCGUUUGUCGCCAUCGCCGUGCGACGUUGGAGUGUCGGUGGUUUGGACAGGUACCGACGCCGAUGGAAACUCGUUGCAGUCCUUGGAAAAUUCCAAUUUUACUGCGUCCUGUGACAGGGGCAUCCAGCAUUAUGAAGGAGCCAGGGUACUCAAUGGAUUCACGGCUGUUGUUAUUCCCAGGCGAAAUUUAACCACGGGCAUACUUUUGCCCUUUGAUACGGCUCAACUGGAACCCAUGACACAGGCAGAUGUCAAUUAUUUUUCCACCGUUGUCAAUGCAGGAGAAGAGAAGAAUGGUACUGGAAACCGGGCAUUGGAAUGGCUUGCCCUCAUGAUUGUGAUUGGUACUAUGAGCCUGCUUGUCCUGAUUUGA